AAAUUUGCAAUGUAUGGAAUUUAGUUGCGAAUUAGAGUCUAAACUAUUAGGUUGAUAGUACGGAAUAGAAUUUAAAAAAUAUUAUAUAGCGUGAGCUAUGGAGUAUCUAAGUGCGGAGUGUGCUGCUCGAUCAGCAGGACCGGCAAAUACUUUGAUGACAUUAUUACUUCAAACUUUGAUAACAAAAUUUUGUGCUUUAAGUGAUGGCAAUCGAUGGCCCGAGGAUCACGGCAAUCGGAUCGAAAAAGAGGGAUUAGGUACUUAUGAUUUCGUAGUAAUUGGCUCUGGUACAGCUGGAUCAGUUGUAGCAGGACGUUUAAGUGAAAAUCCUCAAUGGAAUGUGUUAUUACUGGAAGCUGGUGGCGAUCCUCCUAUUGAAACAGAGUUUGUAGGUUGGCAUAUGGCAACACAAUUCUCAAACUGGGAUUGGCAAUAUCACACCGAACCAAAUGGUAAAGCUUGCAUGGCUAUGCAAGGCGAAAGUUGUCAUUGGCCGCGUGGCAAAAUGUUAGGUGGAACAAAUGGUAUGAAUGCUAUGAUCUAUGCACGUGGUACGCGUGCAGAUUUUGAUGAUUGGCGUGAUCGUGGUAAUCCAACUUGGGGUUAUGACGAUGUGCUACCAUAUUUUCGUAAAGCUGAAGACUUACGUUCCGAACGCGACGACUAUACUCCAGGUGAUCACGGUAAAGGUGGACCUAUGGGCAUAAAUAAUUAUGUUUCGGAUAAUGCAUUUCGACCAAUCAUACGUGAAGCAAUGCACGAAAUGGGUUAUAAUAGUGCUGCUGAUUUCACAGAAGGUUCCUGGGUGGGACAGAUUGAUAUAUUGGGCACACAAGAUGGCGGUAGACGUAUAACUACAGCGAAAUCGCAUUUAGAUAGCAACCGUAAAAAUUUGCAUGUUAUACGACAGGCACAUGUGAAACGUGUAAAUUUCAAUGCUGAAAAGAAAGCAACUGGGGUUACUUUCAUGCUUAAUGGCAAACGGGAAUACACAGUACAAGUGAGCAAGGAAAUAGUGCUGUCAGCUGGUGCAAUAGGCACACCACAAAUUUUAAUGUUAUCAGGUGUGGGUCCAACUGCACACUUAAAGAAACAUGGCAUACCAACCAUGUUGGAUCUUGCUGUAGGACAAAACCUAAAAGAUCAUGCCAGUUUACCAGUUGUUUUUCAAAUCGAUAAGUCUACUGCAAGAAAACCCACUGAAGAAGAAUUGGUAGAUGCUAUGUAUAAUUUACUAAUGGGUCGGCAUAGUAAAUUAUUGCAUCACGAAGCCACAUCAUUAACUGGUUUCAUUAACACUACUUCAAAGACCGGACCAAAUCCUGAUAUACAAACAACUAAUUUCUAUAGCUUAAUGCAGAGUCCUGAAUUGAAAGGUUAUGUUGCUGCCACCGGUUUUAAUGAACGCGUUGCAAAAUCUAUUUUGGCGGCAAAUCAACUAUCAAAUACUUAUAUCACAUAUCUGCUGCAUUUGAAACCCUUCUCUUUUGGUCAUAUUGAGUUAACCAGCGCUAAUUACUUGGAUAAACCGAAAAUCUAUGCAAAUUAUAUGUCUGAUAAACGUGAUAUAGAUACUUAUGUACGCGCCUUAAAGAUAUAUAGUAAAUUACCGGAAACGAAGGCUUUUAAGAUACGUGAAGCUGCUCUACAUAAAGUAGAUUUGGAAGCUUGCAAUUCUUUAGUUUUUCAAUCAGACGACUAUUGGCGUUGUUAUAUUAGACACAUGACUACUACCGUAUAUCAUCCGGUUGGAACUACUAAAAUGGGUCCAGUGACUGAUUCACAAGCUGUUGUAGACUGGCGUUUACGUGUGCAUGGUGCACAAAACUUAAGAGUUAUCGAUGCUAGCAUUAUGCCGGACAUUGUUGCAGCUAAUACUAAUGCUGCCAUCAUUAUGAUUGGCGAGAAAGGUGCUGAGAUGAUAAAGGAAGAUUGGGAGCAGAAUGGUGCUCGCAAAAAUACUCACAAUGAAUUGUAAAAUGUUUCCUAUUUAGUUUUAUUUUUUAGUAAAAAAAAAAAAUUUUUUUUAUAACUUUUGGAAAGGUUAAGAAAUAUAUAAAAAUAUA